AUGCCUGUAUCGACCCUCCGCGAAGCUAUCCAGGCCGAGACCACGAUCGCUCCUACAUCCCAACACCUCUACCACAACGGUCGCUUGAUCCAGGAUGAUACCAAGACGAUGGAGCAGCUGCAGAUUGCCGACGGCGAGAUGCUGGCACUGCACGUGAGGGACAUGCAAGGAAGCACUGGUGUGCCGGACCAGGGUAGAAGAGGUCCGCCGCGCCGACGACCGGGAGGACAAGACCCGGAGCUCAUCCGCCUACAAAUCCUCGGCGACCCCAACCUGCGUGCCGAAGCCACCCGCCAGCAGCCCCAGCUCGCCGCCGCGCUUGACGACCCGCAGAGAUUCGCCCAGCUUUUCAACGACAGCUAUGACCGAGAGCAGAGAGAACGCGAGGAGCGCCAGAGACAGAUUGCACGGCUGAACGAGGACCCCUUUGAUGUCGAGGCCCAGGCUAAGAUCGAGGAAAUGAUCCGCCAGGAGAGAGUCAUGGAGAACCUCCAGAACGCCAUGGAGCAUAACCCCGAAGGUAUGGAUGGCACGGGCGGCGACGCGCCGGACGUCGGAACCGCACUCGUCGAUUCUGGAGCGCAGGCCACGAUCAUGUCUCCGUCGUGCGCCGAGGCCUGCGGCAUCAUGAGACUUGUCGACAAGCGAUUCGCAGGAGUGGCCCGUGGUGUAGGCACCGCCAACAUCAUCGGUCGCGUGCACUCCGCCCAGAUUAAGGUCGGCUCAAUGUUCCUGCCUUGCAGCUUCACUGUCAUGGAGGGCAAGCAGGUGGAGCUUCUUCUCGGUCUUGACAUGCUCAAGCGUUACCAAGCCAGCAUCGACUUGGCCAAGGACAAGCUGAUCAUCCAGGGCGAGGAAGUGCCGUUUUUGGGCGAGGCCGAGAUUCCCAAGGAGAGCGAGGAGGCUUUGGAAGAGGAACCUAGGCUACCGGGACCUGCCGGUACGACCAUUGGUCAACGUUCUGGUGUCGUCAGCGGUCCGCAGGGCGCUGCCGCGGCCGCGCCGCAGCAGAACCCUCCUCAGCAGGCGCAGCAGGCGCCUCAGCAGCAGGCUGCGGCUCCGAGCUUCCCCGAGGAACACAUCAAUCAGCUUAUGGCCUUGGGGUUCCCUCGAGAGGCCGCUGUCAAUGCGUUGCAAGCAACAGGUGGCAAUGUCGAGUUCGCCGCCGGUCUCUUGUUCGGGGCAUAG